UAUGUCUUGAAACCGGGAAUGAAUUGUUCACGUUGAAAAAUGCUGCUUUGGAUUGUUCUGCUGAAUGCGGCUCUUUGUGUUGCUAGUGGAAAUGUUACAAGGGACGUUUGUAAGGAGCAGAUAUGCUCUUGCAACGAGAUAGAGGGAGAUCUGCACAUAGACUGCGAAAAAAGGAGCUUCACCACUCUGCAGCAUUUGACUGGCCCGAGCUCGCAGUUUUACCACUUGCUGUUGCACGGGAAUUCUCUAUCCAGGCUAUUUCCCAACGAGUUCGCCAACUUUUACAAUGCUGUGAGCUUGCAUUUGGAGAACAAUGGUCUGCACGACAUUGUCCCCGGCGCCUUUCUGGGGCUGCAGCUGGUGAAAAGGCUGCACAUCAAUAACAAUAAGAUAAGAUCAUUCAGGAAGAGUACAUUUCUGGGGUUAGACGACUUGGAAUAUCUCCAAGCUGAUUUCAAUCUACUGAGGGAUAUUGACCCCGCCGUUUUCAGGGACCUAAAUAAACUUGAAGUGUUAAUACUUAACGACAACCUCAUCAGUGCGCUACCUAUAAACGUGUUUCAACAUGUGCCCAUUACGCAUCUCGACCUGCGGGGAAACCGAAUCAAAACGUUGCCUUAUGAGGGGAUCCUUGAGCAAAUACCGGGCAUUGCAGAGGUUUUGUUGGAGGACAACCCAUGGGACUGUAACUGCGACCUGGUUUCUCUGAAGGAAUGGCUGGAGAACAUACCGCAUAACGCGCUCAUUGGGAGGGUGAUAUGCGAGGCUCCCACCAGGCUGCAAGGGAGCGACUUAAACGAGACGUCAGAAGAGGAUCUGUGCCCUUCACAGAGCGGCGGCGUGGACGCCAGCCUGGUCGCCCCUCCCACCCAGGAGGAGACCUCGCAGCCUGUGGCCCACGGCCCGCGUCCUACGCCUUGCAAGCCCAGCGGAGACGCAAGCGGGCCCCCGACGCCUGGCGGCCACGGACCCAAGAGCCGCUCCAAAUCUCGUGAGAACUGGCAGCUGAAAACUAAGCCCACUCCAGUGGUGACAGGUGUGAACGGGGAAAGAGAGCAGCUGCACAACAUGACGUGCCCCCAGCCGUGCAACUGCAAGCUGGUCGGUUCCAGACAAGGGCUGGGGGUCAACUGUGAGGGCAAAAAGAUCGAGAGCUUAUCCAACCUCAAGCCUAAGCCCCUGGCCGCUCACGAGUUGAACAUGAGAGAUAACAACAUCCACGCAGUGAAAAAGAAUCAGCUGCUCGGCUACUCCAGCCUCAACCUGCUUGAUCUGGGUGGGAACAACAUUAAGGCGAUUGACAACAGCACUUUCCUGAACCAGAGCGAGCUGAGGUGGCUCUACAUGGAUAAGAACUAUCUGGAUACGCUGAUAGCAGAGAUGUUCGUGGGCCUUGUGAAUCUGGAAUAUCUCAGUUUGGAAUACAACGACAUCCAGAUGAUAGUGGCAGGUGCGUUCGGCCCCAUGCCAAAUCUGAGGGUUCUGUUCCUCAACAACAACUUGCUGAAAUCGUUACCCGUGGAUGCUUUCCUUGGGAUUUCUUUAUCCAAAAUUAGCCUGCAUAAUAAUUAUUUCCCCUAUCUCCCGGUGGCUGGCGUGUUAGACCAGCUCAACUCAAUCAUACAGAUCGAUUUGCACGGGAAUCCGUGGGAUUGCUCGUGCAACAUCGUGCCCUUCAAGCAGUGGACGGAGAAACUCGGGGCCGAUGUGAUAGUGAGCGAUCUCAAGUGCGAGUCCCCUGAAGAAUUUUGGAAACGAGAUUUCCGCUACGUCCGGAACGACCUCAUGUGUCCCAAACUCUAUGACAGAAUCUCCCCCACCUCCCUGUCCAAAAACAGCACUUUCACCCUGGACUCGGGGACGCGCUCGAACUCUUAUUUGGAGCCGAACAGGGUCUCCAUCUCAGUGCUCGUCCCCGGGUUGCUGUUGGUGUUUGUCACGUCCGCUUUCACUGUUGUAGGAAUGCUUGUGUUUAUUUUGCGGAAUCGAAAGAGGUCAAAGCGGAGGGACGGGAACUCUUCCGCCUCGGAGAUCAAUUCCUUACAGACAGUGUGUGACUCGUCUUAUUGGCACAGCGGGCCUUAUCACGCAGACGGGGGCGCGCACCGGGGCUUCGACUGCAGCACGCACCUCUCCACGACAAACGAUGCGUAAAGGGACUGUAUAGAAUAAGCCCACACCAGACUGGAUUACAAACAGUCACGCAGACAGACUGACACAUGACUAAAACAGCAAGAAUCAGCCGCUUUUGUUCAUCACAGGGGGACACAGACUUGUUUAUGUCUUGUUUCCUCCAGUUGAACCAAGUAAGUCAGUCUGCUGCUGC